CAGGAGAAGGAAUACCGGGAUGAUUUUGCACAAAACAGAGAGUUCAUCACUCUGGUUGUUUAUAAAAACCGACGGGAAGAAGGUUUACUACCCAGGUGAGGUCCGAUGGAUGCCUUGUACAAAUGAAAUUGUUAAUGGUGUAUCUCUCAGACUGGAGAACAUGAGUGAUAUACAAGAGGGGGAUGAGGACAGAUCUUCAGUCCCCAGCCGUUUGUCUCUGAAGAGUGACCGGUCUAUAGGAAUACCUCCACUCUUCAGUAAUGAAUCUGGACCCUCAGACACAAAAGGGAAGAGGAAGAGUCCUGUUCCUGUGGAGGAGCAGCUGUACAGCUGUGCUCUGUGUCAGGACGUCCUGAAGGACCCAGUCUCUACCAGCUGUGGACACUGGUUCUGCAGACAGUGCAUCACCUCAUACUGGGAGCAGCUACCUCCAUCAGGAGACUCCUCCUGUCCCCAGUGUGGAGAAAGAUCCAGAACCAGAGCUGGACUGCAGACAGCCAGUCAGACCAGCUCUUUAGGAAGUCUGCAGCAGGCUUUAGAGGACCAUAGGAUCAGUCUGAGGAGGAGAUGUGAACUUGUGACUGAAGGAACUGAUGAAAGUGAAACCCUCCUCAACAGGAUCUUCACUGAGCUCUACAUCACACAAGGACGGAGUGAAGAGGUUAAUACCCAACAUGAGGUGAUGCAGCUGGAGACGGCUUUCAAGAAGAACACCCUCCAUGAAACUCCAAUCAAGUGCCAGGACAUCUUUAAAGCCUUAGCUUACCAUCAGACACACGUCAGAGUGGUCCUGACCAACGGCGUCGCUGGAGUUGGAAAAACCUUCUCAGUGCAGAAGUUCACUCUGGACUGGGCCAAGCGUUUGGAGAACCAAGAUGUCAGUCUGGUGAUCCCGCUCUCCUUCAGGGAGCUGAACCUGAUCAAAGCUCAGCAGUACAGUCUUCUCAGGCUGAUCCAUGUUUUCCAUCCAGCCUUACAGAAGGUCACAGCAGAGCAGCUGGCUGUCUGUAAAGUGCUGUUCAUCUUUGACGGCCUGGAUGAAAGCAGACUCUCUCUGGAUUUCAGAAACAGGAAGGUUGUGUCUGAUGUCUCACAGCAAUCCUCAGUCAACGUGCUGCUGACAAACCUCAUCAGGGGGGAGCUGCUUCCUUCAGCUCUCGUCUGGAUCACUUCCAGACCUGCAGCGGCCAAUCAGAUCCCUCCUGAGUGUGUGGACAGGGUGACAGAAGUACGGGGCUUCACUGACGACCAGAAGGAGGAGUACUUCAGGAGGAGAUCCAGAGAUGAAGAACUGUCCAGCAGAAUCAUCUCUCACAUGAAGAGCUCCAGGAGCCUCCACAUCAUGUGUCUGAUCCCAGUCUUCUGCUGGAUCACUGCUGCAGUUCUGGACCACUUGUUGACUACAGACCAGAGAGGAGAGCUGCCCAAGACCCUCACUGACAUGUACUCACACUUCCUGCUGGUCCUGACAAAGAGGAAGAAGCAGAAGUACCAUGAGGGUCAUGAGACGAGCCCACAGCAGCUGACGGAGGCUGACAGGGAGGUUCUUCUGAAGCUGGGGAGGCUGGCGUUUGAACAUCUGGAGAAAGGAGACAUCAUGUUCUAUCAAGAAGACCUGCAGCGCUGUGGUCUUGAUGUCACCGAGGCCUUGGUGCACUCAGGAGUUUGUACAGAGAUCUUCAAAAGAGAGAGCGUGAUCUUCCAGAAAACAGUCUACUGCUUUGUUCAUCUGAGCGUUCAGGAGUUCCUGGCUGCAGUCUACAUGCUGCACUGCUACACCAACAGAGACACAGCGGUACUGAAGGACUUCCUGCAAAGAGACUAUAACGACAGUUAUAGCAGUGAUCAGGAUUACCCAUCCCUGGACGUCUUCCUAAAGAGAGCCAUGGAGAAAUCCCUCAGAAGUGAAAAUGGCCACCUGGACCUGUUUGUCCGCUUUCUCCACGGCCUCUCUCUGGAGUCCAACCAGAGACUCUUAGGAGGCCUGCUGGGUCGCACAGACACCCGUCCAGAAGUCACCCAGAGAGCCAUCAGCAACCUGAAGGAGAUGAGCAGUGAUGAAGUCUCUCCUGACAGGAGCACCAAUAUCUUCCACUGUCUGACAGAAAUGAACGAUCACUCAGUACAUCAGGAGAUCAUAGAGUUCCUGAAGUCAGAGAACAGAUCAAAGAGACUCUCUGUGAUCCACUGCUCAGCUCUGGCCUACAUGCUGCAGAUGUCAGAGGUGGUUCUGGAUGAUUUGGACCUGAAGAAGUACAACACAUCAGAGGAGGGAAAACGGAGACUGAUUCCAGCUGUGAGGAACUGCAGGAAGGCUGUACUUUCGGGCUGUAGACUCUCACACUCUGACUGUGAAGUCGUGGCCUCAGCUCUGAAGUCCAACCCUUCCCAUCUGACAGAGCUGGAGCUGAGUUACAUCAAUCUAAAGGUUUCAGGAGUGGAGCAGCUGAGUUCUGGCCUAAAGAGUCCAAACUGCACACUGGAGAAGCUGAGGUGA